GUCCUGUACACAUGGCAUGUGUCCUUGUCUAUUGGUUCUUCAGUGACAAUCAGAGGGAAACCUGCCAUAUCUUUCAGCAAGAACCCAGAAAUGCAGGUGGAUUUCCACACUGGGACUGAUGAGAACUCAGACGCUGCCUUCCAUUUCCAAGUGUAUUUUGGCAUAUCUGUGAAGAUAAACAACGGGAGCUGGAACUGUAGGUGGCAUGGGAGCUGGAACUGUGAGGUGGCAUCCUCCAUAAUGCCCUUUGUGGAUGGCCAACCAUUUGAACUGCACAUCUCGGUGCUGCAAAAUGAGUACCAGGUAACAGUAAAUGGCCAAAAAUAUUAUAGCCUUGCCCAUCGACUCCCACCACAAUCUGUGAAGUUUGUGCAAGUGUGAAGAGAUGUCUCCCUAUCCUCACUGUGUGUCUGGUAA